GCUUCACCAUCAAGGCAGGUUGAGGGGUUGUUUGGGAGUUUGAAGGCAAUGGUGCUCACCGAGAAAUCUUCCGAGGAAGAUGCUGAUGCUGGGGCAGAGGCGGGAGAGGGAGAGACUGAUAAGGUGGAUAAAACAGAAGGAGUUCAGAAGGUUCGUGCAGCAGGUGUUUACCUACAUCAACUCGGGGGUGUCAGCAGCAAGCCCCCCAGCAGACCCCGCAACUCUUACAGCAGGGGCAGCGUCGACUUCAAAACAGUUACUCGAGUGCAAAGCAGCUUUCAGGCAAAGGACCACACAGAAGAAAUCUGCACACAUGAGACACCUAUCCACAAAGUAUCUGAAUUAUUUGAGGAUAUUUCUGAUGAUGAAAUGCUCGAUAAUGGAGGAUUAGAUGAAGAUCUGGAUGAAGGGGUUUUGAAAGCCUAUGAUCACACAGGGAAAACCAAGUAUAAACAAGCAUGUGAAACAUAUGGUGUGGUACCAAUCUCUUCCUUCCUGCGGAACAUGAAUCAAACAGAACUCGUUAUGAUGCAUUAUGGGCUUGGCCCUCAGGGUGCCAAGGCAAUUUCUGUUUCUCUGAUAACCAACACCUCAAUCACCAAGUUAAAUCUGAAGGAUAACUGGCUGGAGGCAGAGGGUGCCAGAGCUAUUACAGAAAUGCUGAUGGAAAAUUGUUACAUUACAGAUGUUGACUUAUCAGACAACCAGUUGGGAGUUGAUGGGGCGAAAGCAAUUUCCUCCAUGCUCAUGGAAAAUAUAACACUCUUGCGAGCUACCCUUUCUGGGAACCAUUUUGAUGAUCAGGCUGCUGAGCACCUGGCUGAGGCCAUAAGCACUUCACAUAAAUUGAAAUAUUUGGAUCUAAGUCACAACAAAAUCGGCAAUACAUUAGGUGAAGAACUUGGAAAUGCUUUAGCAGAUAACAGUGGGAUAAUAGAAUUGGACCUAAGUUGGAAUUAUCUACGUGGGAAGGCUUGUACAGCAGUAGCAGAAGGCCUCAGCGAUAAUAUUUAUCUGAAAAUACUGAAUUUGUCCUAUAAUGGAUUUGGGAAUGAGGGUGCAAAAGCCCUUGGCAUCGCUCUUAAAGUUAAUAAUGUGCUUGAGCAACUGAAUAUCAGUAACAAUCGUAUUUCUCCAGAAGGAGCAGUAUGGUUAUCAAUGGGACUGAGAAACAAUAACACACUAAUUGUACUUAAUAUGGCCCGAAAUCCAAUGCAGAGUGCUGGCUGUUACGGGAUAUUGAAAGCUUUAAAAGAAAAUCCAAAAAGUGCCAUAGAAUUUUUGGAUUUCUCUGAUAUUAGAGUUAACAAGGAUUUUGAGGACUUAUUCAAUGAUGUAAAACAACAUGUACCAAAGCUUGUAGUGAAACAUGAGAAAAAUGCAGAUCUGUUCAAAAAACCAAGAUCUAAGGCCGAUCCCCUUACUAAACUGAAAGAAUUCAUGAAGGUGCACCAUCUACAGUUGGAACAUUUCUUAGACAACUUCGAUAUAACUGAGAACCGAUUUAUUAAUUUAAAGGAGUUCCGGACAUCACUGGAGAAUGCUAAAGUCCCUUUGAAUGAUGUUGAACAGGAUAAGCUAAUGAUUCUGUUGGACAAAGAUAAGGAAGGGGAGAUUGAUUUCAGUGAUUUGAAUGAUUUGCUACUAGGCACUAAUUUCGGUGCAAGCAAAGUCUUUCGUAACUAGAUGCCCAAACGAAUGGCUUCAUAACAAGAGAAUACUUAAGAAUUUGCUUGUAAGGACAUGAAAGCAAAUACAUGUUUUAUUACAGCACUAGCCAUGCAUUAGUCACCUUUCGGUCCUACAGGAGAACUUAAUGUAUUUUUAGCAAACCUUUACUUUUCUGGUCAAAAUGGAGAAAAGGGCAUUUCAAAUUGUGUCAAUGCUUAGAUUUUUGGAAAUAUGUACUGAGUUUUUUUUUCUUCCGAAAUAAAAUGUUGCAUUUUGUAGCUUUGUACUAACUCUUACCUGAAGGUAACAAUUUUAUCAUUCUACAAACUUGUGGAUUAGAAGGUGCACAUUUAGGGCAUUAUAGAUCACCUUACUCAGAGCUGAGGAUCAUAUUCCAGACCUUGAACUAUUGGCUUUUGCUUGAAAAUGCGCUUGUGUGGUAGUUGCGGAGGGGUAUGAGCCAGAUUGGACUUGACGGAUGUACUCCAUGUUCUGGAUUAGUGGUGCUGGAAGAGCACAACAGUUCAGGCAGCAUCCAAGGAGCUUCGAAAUCAACAUUUCGGGCAAUGGUUGACUAGCUUGAUGUCGCUCAUUGUCCAGCCUUGCCCAUAAAGCCUUGGAGAAAGUAUCAGAUGGCUCCUGCAAGCACCCAUUCAUUUCAAAAAAAGUCAAAUGUUAAAUUUUCCAUUCCCUAAUUGAUUUAAUUGAGACUGGAAAUGUUUUUUCUAUCAUUGUUAGGUUGUGCCUGUAAAAUAUCUGUUUCAGCUGAUUCAUUACAGUCAGUACUGUGCAGUUUUAAAAAUGCAAUUAUAUGAGCCAGACACACAAUGAUAUCACUCCAAGAGCCUAAUUUGUGUAAUAUCUUCAAUGAUGUAAUCAAUUUUGCUUUCUUAUUUCUGUGAAUUAAACAUGUUGCUACUAAAAAACUAAUAAUAUUGAAUGUAAGUCUUUCUUAAUUAGAUGUAAAACAAGAAUUACUUCAUAACCUUAGGAGCAUUCAGAGGUAGGAAUCUAUGUCUCGUUCACAAAGUGGCUUCCUAAGGAUAGUUGAUGUUGGGUCAAUCUAUUAUUCAGGCAUUCAUAAUGAUCAUCUAAAAUAGACAACAAUCCC